AUGCCAAGCCUGUCGAUGAAGGUGCCCCGCCUUUUCCCUACCUCUUCUUUCGAUAGCAGACGCAACCUGUUCGGUGAUAUGCCCGAACCGGCCGUUGAUCCCGCCGACCCGAAUUACUACACCGAGCCGUCCCAGUUCAUGGACGACCUCAUAAGCCAAGAGGGCCCGGUGUUUGAGGAAGAAGUUGACGAGAAGGGCAAAAGCAAGAGGACGCAGGCGUACGCCGAGUGCGAGGACAAGCUGCUGUGCGAGGCUUGGCUAGAAAUUGGCCAAGAUCCAAUUUGGGGGGCCGAGCAAAAAGGCACCGCGUAUUGGAAGCGUAUCUAUGAUUACUUCCAUGAGCAUCGCCUCUUGCCCCCGUACAGCUUCAUUAGCGACCGGGGAGAGGUUUCCCUUCAAAAGAGAUGGGGCCUCAUCCAGUCUGAAUGCAACAAGUUCGCGGGUGCGCAUGAUCACGUGAAGGCGAGGCCAGUCAGCAGCGUCGGUGUCGGCGACAUGGCGUAUCAAGCUUUGGAGUAUUUCAAAGUGAUGUACAAGAAACCGUUUGGCUUAAUCCAUUGUUGGCGGAUCUUCAUGGAGGCCUUGAAGUGGCAAGAUGUUUAUGUGGCCACCAAGAAGAUCCCCUGCGAUGGGAAGAAGCGCGACUGCAACGCCAUCGACCUCGAGGCCUCUGGCCACACUGAGGCAGCAAGCCGUGCCGUCUGA